AAUAGUAAUAAACAGUCUCAAAAUGUGAAAUCUCCAGCAGUGCAAGCACAUAGUUACAGUUAUGUGGCUGCGAAAUCGGAAAACAAUAAAUCAGCUAAACGUAAUCGUGUUUGUGUAUUAUGUCGUGGGAAUCACGCGUUAUACAUAUGUAGUAUGUUUUUAAAUUUGUCUGUUGAGGAUCGACAUAAAUUAGUCAAUGAUAACAACCUUUGUCCCAAUUGUUUACGUCCAGGUCACUUGAUUAAAGACUGUUUUUUCGGCCCUUGUCAGCAAUGUAAACAAAAACAUAACAGCUUACUACAUAAAGAUUCCCUCAACUGUGUUAAUACGUCAUCACAUAAUGCAUCCAGUACGUCACAAUUAAAAUCAACUGUAUUGCAUUCAUCAUUGAAUCAAACACAAAAUACACCUCUGCCGGUGUUGACGCGACCAGUUCUAUUAUCUACAGCGCUAAUCGAAGUACUGGACGAUAAUAAUAAGCGACACACGGCACGAGCGCUCCUAGAUAACGGGAGCCAACAUUGUUUCGUUUCGGAAACAUUUUGUAAACGAAUUAAGUAUACGAAGUUUUUACAGUCCACUGUUCGAAUAUCAGGUGUGGGACAAUCGGUGUCACACUCUAAUAAAUUAUGCGAUUUGAUUAUUCACUCAAAGUUAAACGAUUUUUCUACGAGCGUUCAAUGUUUUGUUUUACCGCGUAUCACGUCAUUCUUACCGCCCGUGAGUAUCGAUGUUGAGACUAUACGAAUUCCAAACAACAUCGAGCUCGCUGAUCCUACUUAUUAUCUACCUUCGGAAGUCGAUUUAUUAAUAGGUGCGGACUUAUUUUGGGAAAUUUUAAACGAUAAUAAAAUACGAUUAAAAAGUGGUCCGUACCUUCAAGAUACGAAAUUGGGCUGGUUGAUUUCCGGACCAAUUUAUACGAAUAAAAUGCGUUGUAAACAAAACAUUCAAUGCAAUUUUACACAAACUAUCGAUUUACAAUUACGUCAAUUUUGGGAAUUGGAGGAUAGUGGCCCUCGCGAAAAUAUAUUUACCUGUGAUGAACGUAAAUGCGAGGAAAUAUUUAAAAAUACGACAAAACGGGAAAUAGAUGGUAGGUUUUCAGUUCGAAUACCUCUAAAGGAGUCAGCUGAUUUGUUGGGUGACUCAUAUUCGGUUGCCUAUAAACGAUUUCUCUCUUUAGAACGGAAGUUAGAACGUAUGCCUCAAUAUAAACGUAUGUAUGCGGAUUUUAUACGAGAAUAUAGGGAUUUAGGUCACAUGACAAAAAUAAACGAGUACAGUGAUCCACACUAUUUUUUACCGCAUCACGGCGUAUUUCGCGAGAGUAGUACUACAACUAAAUUAAGGGUAGUAUUUGACGCCAGCUGCGCCACUACCUCUGAUAAAUCCUUAAACGAUUUACAGUUUAUCGGACCUAGGCUUCAAAACGAUAUUUUCUCGAUUUUAUUACGCUUUAGGCAAUAUUAUUGGGUAGCAAGCGCGGACGUCGAGAAGAUGUUUCGACAGACGCUCAUUCAUGAAGACCAGCGUAAUUUACAGCUUAUACUUUGGAGAGAAAGCUCUUCGGAUCCGAUAGACGUGUAUAGGUUAAAUACCGUGACGUAUGGCACUGCGUCAGCGCCGUACCUUAGUAUGCGAUGCCUACAACAGGUAGCACAGGAAUGCGACGAUGAAAAAAUAUCGCGCAUUAUCAAAGAGGACUUUUACGUUGAUGAUCUAAUUACAGGAUGCGAUGAUCCUGCUGAAUUGAUAAAUAUUUGCGAAAAAAUAUCACAAAUUUUAAGGCAAUAUUGUUACCCAUUACGUAAAUGGACAUUUAACUGUGACGUAACCUCGACAAACUCGUCAAAAGAGUUGGCAAUAGGCGAGCAUACACAAACAAAAACACUCGGUUUAGGAUGGCAUAAUAAAAAUGACCUACUUCAUUUUACGUCCGAGUUAGGUAAGAACUGCGAUAACACUCAAUUAACUAAACGAAAGAUGUUGUCAAUCAUUUCUCAAAUUUAUGACCCUUUAGGUCUCCUAGGCCCUGUUGUCAUAAUUUCUAAGAUCAUUUUACAAAAGCUGUGGCUAUGUAAAAUCGACUGGGAUGACCUAGUACCGAGUGACGUCACAGAAAAAUUCCAUAAAUUCAUAGAUUCGAUUCAAAAACAUUUACACGACAUUAAAAUUCCACGAUGUGUUAGGGCAGCUCACACUCAUCGUACGGAACUACAUAUUUUUUCAGACGCAUCACAAGAUGCAUACGGCGCUUGUGCAUAUAUUCGUACAAUAGAUGAGAAUUCAGUAGUCUCGCUUAAUCUACUAUGUGCAAAAAGUAAGGUUGCUCCCUUGAAAACGAUCAGUAUCCCAAAAUUAGAACUUUGUGGUGCUUUAAUUGGUGCGAGAUUGUACAAAAAGAUUGUUGAGUCACUUAGAUUAAAAUUCGAUUCUGUUUGCUUUUGGACGGACUCAACAAUCGUGAUGGGGUGGUUACGUAUGUCUCCACAUUUAUUAAAAACUUUUGUACAAAAUCGAAUAACAGAAGUAAACGAGUUGACAGGCGAUUCACUGUGGUUGCAUAUAGACGGCGAUAAAAACCCAGCCGAUCUAGUGUCAAGGGGCCUUUACAUCGAUGCACUAAAGAACAAUAACCUGUGGUGGCACGGGCCUACCUUUUUACAUUGUGCAGACUGGUCAAGGGAUACUCAAGCGAUACCUAUCCGUGAAGAUCUACCAGAGUUAAAACUUAAAAUAGUUAGUGCAGUUUGUACAAAUGCAGAUAGCUUAUUCGACUUCAAAAGGUUUUCACAGUUUAAUAGAUUGAAGCGGACUGGAGCGUACCUACUGAGGUUCAUUCACAAUACACGCAAUAAGCAGGCGCGACGCACCGGUCCCUUAUCAGUCGCCGAGUUACACGAUGCAGAAAUUGUUGUGACACGCUGCGCGCAAGCCCAGAUGUUUCCGACUGUAUACAACAACUUAUUAAACGAAAUACCACUAACAAAAUGUAAAGAAGCGAAUGGUAUUUUAAGUUUAAAUGUAUUUCUUGACGAUAAUAAAUUAAUUCGUGUGGGAGGUAGGUUAUGCGAUUCGUCCAGGUUUAAUUAUGAUAAACGGCAUCCUGCAUUGUUGUGUAGCAAACAUCAUUUUACCGGUCUUUUAUUUAAAUACUAUCAUAAACAUUUAUUACACGCUGGACCCCAGCACCUAUUGUGCACUAUACGCGAAAGUUGGUGGCCGCUUUCUGGUAGGAAUCUCGCUAGAAAAAUAGUGCAUGAAUGCGUAAGGUGUUCACGCCUGAAAGGAAAAACUUUAACUCCAAUAAUGGGUAAUUUACCUAAAGAACGUUUAGAGGCAGGUUUUCCUUUUAUGUACACUGGCGUAGAUUACGCGGGACCAGUUUUCAUAUUGAACCGCAAAGGUCGGGGGUCAAAAUUAAUAAAGGCUUACAUUUGUUUAUUCGUUUGUUUUACAACUAGAUGCAUUCAUUUAGAAUUAGUAAGUGGCUUAUCCACUAAUGAUUAUAUUUUAGCGUUAAAGAGAUUUAUUUCAAGACGCGGAAAACCCGCAGAAAUACACUCUGACAACGGAAAAAAUUUCGUUGGAGCAGAAAAAGAGUUUCCAUUAUUAAUUCAAGAUAAUAUCGAUAAAAUUAUAGAUUUUACUGCCAACGAUGGCAUAAAAUUUAAACAUAUUCCAGUAUACGCUGCUCAUUUUGGGGGACUUUGGGAGGCAGGAGUUCGAUCAUGCAAGCAUCAUCUUAGACGUAUAGUAGGCAAUGCUCACCUAACAUAUGAGGAAUUUAGCACUGUUUUAGUACUAAUUGAAGCCAUCCUGAAUUCCCGUCCUCUAUCAGCUAUGUCUACAGAUCCUUCCGACCUCUUACCCUUAACUCCUGCCCACUUUCUCAUCGGCCGACCGUUGACCGCUCCAGCCUGCGAAGACAUCACCGAGGUGCCGAGCAGUCGCCUGGCACGCUACGACCGAGUCGAGCAACUACGGCAACAUUUCUGGAGGCGCUGGUCGACAGAAUACGUGGCGGAGCUUCAACUAAGAACAAAAUGGAAAACGCAGAAGGACGACAUAAAACUAGAUAGUCUUGUCCUUAUCAAAGACGAUCAUCAAUCGCCUCUCAAGUGGUGCCUGGGGAGAAUCAUACGCGUCUUCCCUGGCAGAGACGGAGUUUCACGAGUCGCUGACAUUCGCACCGCGACGGGGACAGUACAGCGGGCCUUUUCAAAGAUCUGCCCACUACCACUGCCCACUGCAGCUGAAUUGUCGACGCCUGCAAUCUCGUCGACGCCUGCAAUCUCGUCGACGCCAGCAAUCUCGUCGACGCCUGCGAUCUCGUCUACGGCUGCGAUCUCGUCUACGCCUGCGAUCUCGUGGACGCCUGCAGCAUCAUCGGGGAGCCCUUCGAUGACACACGCAUGACGAUUCGAUCAUCAUCAUUUUGGAAGCUUGGAGCUUCCAAGGCCGGCGGCAUGUUAACGCCAUCUAUCGGCGCAUCAGCGCACAUAAUACGUCUGAAGUUGUAUACGAGCAAGGAGCCGGGAGGGGAGCGCGGGGCGGCCCGCGUCAACUUCACUCGAUUACCAGCAAGAAAACACGAACGAACAACGGUUGUAAAUUAAUCUGAAAAGUAAUCAAAAUACACGAAUUAUUUCUUCAAUCAGCGUUAUUCAUUCAAUUAAACGUC